CCCGGUUCGAGCGUGCAUCUAAGCACUUGCCGAACCGUUUGCGUUGCUGCUCGUGGUCUAUUUUUGAAUCCCGAACGCAAACUGUGCCGCCAGUGGCAGAACUCAUUACAUAGGCAGAACUAGCCUUUGCUGUGCUUCGAUGGCAAAACGGCAGCAGCAGCAGCACCACCACCUGUAUCCUUGCUCCCUUUUGCCAUUCCAUUCCCGAACGGACUGUUCUGGAUCUAAGACGAUCGCGGUGUAAGCGACCAGCGACUAUUUUUAAGGAGAGUCUGUGGUAAAACACUGGCGCUCUGCGUUGGGUGGUUGGCGAACGAUCGCAUCCUUGGUAUCGGACGGGCCAUCGUUCGAUGUUGUUGGGCCAUCUGCCCGGAAUGAAGGAUGAUGAUUGGUUGCAUAGGAAUUUACGCCGAUCGCCGUACCUCCAAAGUGCAGCAUCUGAAUAGGGCUUGCAGUUGCAGCCUGCUGAACGCCAUAAUUGCCAUCAAUGAGGAACAACAAGCGUGCAGACCGAUGAUGAUGCAAAAAUAAAUGGUGCUGCAUUAAUAACGACGAUGUGGCUGCAUUAGUGUGGUGCUUGUCUCGCAUCCAAGCACGAUGAUGUAUGGCAAAGGAAUUAAAUCACACUGAAGGAAAAGGCAAAACAUUCAAAUCCAUCUUUAACCUCCAGCAGAGACAAGGUUAAAAAGAUCCCCGCUUGUGCAAGCAACAGUAUGCGACUCGAGCGACCAAUUUCAUUACCAAACAAACACGCCAAUCGAUACCUGCAUAUGCAGAGUAGAUCGAGGCAAAUAGAAUAAACCUGCUAGCGAAGCGGCGUCAAAUUGACAAAUCAUGCACCAGCAGCUGCAACAAUAUGCACAGCACGCUCAAUUUUUGUUGCUGUCCAUCAUGCCUCCCGUCCGUAGUGUGGAACGGAUUUCGGAGCUGCCUUCAACUGGGAAGGGUUCCAGCAUUUGCCGCUUGCACCCCAGCAACACCGGCAUGGCAACGUGGCGCUCGUGUCCAUUGGUAACCUGUUUACCGUGCCAAAUCGCACGGUCGCACCCGUAAUCGCACCCCGACUGUCGACCAUCCAGUACGGUGCGGACCGACCGGUGAGGACGACGAUGAUAAAGGAACUGUACCAGCAGACCGAACCAAAGUCGCACCGUCCGAGCUACGCUAACAAGGCGGUCAUUCUGAGCAGCGCCAAGUGGGAGCAAAUGUGGAAGAAGGUCACCAAUCCGGCCGACAAGGAAACGGAGGUGCUGUGCCAGCAGGAGCGCGAGUUUCGUGAGUAUCUGAAGAAUGGUUCCAAAAAGAUGACCAGCACGUGGGAAAACACGGUGCAGAACAUCCGCGACAAGAAGGAGGCGGAACGGUUGCGGCGUGAUAAGGCCAAGGUGGAGGAAGAUCAGCGUCACUAUCGUGAGUUGAAGGCAGCGGACGAGAUAAAGCGCCGGGAGCUCAUCCAGAAGGCGGAAGACCUCAUCCAGAAGGACAAGGUGGGACCGCGCGUGCUGGAGAGUGCGUCCAAGUUCUGUGAGGUGCUGAAGGGUCGCGAGAUGCAGCGUCAGUUUCGGCUGGAGCAGGAACAGAUACAGCAGCUGCGCAAACAGUCCAUCGACACGCAGACCCUGUCCCAGGCAAACCAUUGGCUAAAGUCGCACGGCGAUCGUCUGCUCGAGGAUCGGCAACGGUUCGACAACUACAAGCGCGAGCUGAAGGAAACGAUGAUCCGCAACCAGCAGCUGCAGCGUCAGCGCAAGCAAGAUCUGAUCGCCGAGGAGCAACAAAGUCUGGAGGUGAUCGAGAGCGAGAUGCGCCGUUACCAGGAGCGCGAACGGAAGGCACUGGAGGAAAGCAAAGAGAUGCGGCGCAUGAACGCGCUGGAAGCGAUCCGGAUGGCUGAAGACAGACGAACGCGCUUACGGCGCGAGUCCGAAAUUGAGGACGCCUUGCUGCAGAUCUACUGUGACGGGCAGCAGAAUAUAGCGAACUUCAAGCAGGGCAUACACGCGAACAAACAUCGGUUCCGGGACAAUUCGCAUCAGCUCACGGACGCCAUCGAACGGCAGAGGGCCGCACUGGCCCAGGAGGAACGUAAUCAGGCUCGAGCUGCGGAAGAGAAGGAACGCAUCGCCACGAUCAAGGAACGCGAACAGACGGAGCAGCAGAAGCAGCUGAAGGCGGCCCGCAUGCAGGCCCAUCUGGACGAGAUCGAGUGGCAACGGCAACGGGAGGCCGAAGAGGCGGUCCUCACACGGCGCGAGUACGAGGAGCGGCUGCGCAACAUCGACGUAACGUUCGGGUUCGAUCGCCACAAGGUGACGGACAAAACGAACAAAACGUACGCCCAGCGCAAGCUGCUGCUCGGCCAGAUGGUGGAGAAGGAGGUGCGCGAACGUCGGGAAGCGGACACAACGGCCGAAUUGCGGUACGCUCGAGAGCACGCCGACAAGGAGAACCGACACUUCCUGCAGUACGCCCAGGAUCUCAUUAGCGAUGCGAAGGUGAAGGGACGUCCGAUUCUGCCACUGCUCAAAACGGUACAGAGCUACAAGCGGGAGCACUUCCACGACUUCAAGGAUGCGGACGUAGUGCCACAGCACCUGCUGUCGCGUGUACCGAUCAACAAUAAGCUGAUGGAGCAGGGUUUGCUGGAUGCGAUGCCGACCCGCCAGAAAGCGCUCGUGCUGCCGAAACGGAUGCCGCCGAAAGCGCUCGAAGCGCUGGUGAAGGACGAACAGACGGGCGAUAAAAAUAGUACACCGACGGUCGAUUCCAAAACGGUCGCCGAAGACUCGAAACCGACCAUAUAAACGUAUAUGCUCCAGUGGUAGCGUUCAUCAUUCCCGUUUGCUUCUGCUUGUAAUAAACUGCCACGCACGAACUUGCUCGGAAGCGUUUUUGCACAAUUUUGAA